GAAUAUUUAGAAUUGCUAGUUAUCGUAUUGAGAAUGCAAUGAAUAUUAAAGUUCUACAAAAUAUUACCAUGGAAGGUAGCACUUUUACAUAUAACGGCAUAAUUUGCGCUGUGAAUAUUCAUCGGCAAGCUCUAAAAUUGUUCAAACGUUUCCAAUCCGCAAUUAAAAUAAUGGUAAUUUGUUUAAUGGUGUGUGGAGUAAUUGCUUUGAGUCUCAAUCUGUAUCAAAUUGCAUCGUUUACAAAUAAUGUUAAAGAAUUAUUGCUGUCGUCUUGUUAUGUGUUUCUUAUCAUUUUAUACAUGUUUCUAAGCAAUUACAUGGGACAAAAUAUAUUAGAACACAAUAAACAUGUAUUUGUUACUGUGUACAAUGUUCAAUGGUAUAAGGCUCCGUUACGCAUACAGAAAAUGAUAUUAUUUCUAUUGCAAAGAGGCGCUAAGGAAUAUACUUUAAAUAUUGGUGGACUAAUCGAUGGGUCUAUGGAAUGUUUUGCCACGUUAUUAAAGACCUCGGUAUCAUACUUUACUGUCAUAUAUUCAACGCAAUGACGAAGUAUAAAUAUAGUGAUAACUUUAUAAGGAUGUAUUUAUAGAAGAAGUAAUAGUAUUUCUACUUUCAAGAUGGAAAAUUUUAUAUAUAUGAUUAAAAUAAACAUUUCCUUGUUAAAAUAUAAAUAAAAGUAAUUUAAAUAAAGGUAUGAAGUACAUCAUCUUUCUGUAAUCUAUGGAAAUAAGGCAUUUUAAAUGCUUAAAUCAACUAUUUUAAAUGGAGUAGUCAAAGAUAUUAUCUUGAUUUUAUCGGAAGACCAUUUAAUACAUCCAUUGAAUCUUAUGUUACAAUAAGAAGAAUAUAUUAUUAUAAAAUUAUAUACACAAAUAGAUUAUAAAAAGAAAUGUCUUUUUAAUUAAAGACUUCAAUAACUUAUUUUACUAUCGUGUAUUCUACACGAUGAUGAAGCCAAAUAUGAACUUGAUAACAGAUAUAAAAUAAUACGAAUAUAAAGAAACGACAGUAAUUUCUGU